AUGAACGCCGACCUCGUAGACCUCGUCUUCCUAACCCGCUCGCAACCCUCAGCUCCGAUACCCUCCUCAGUCGCAAUCGACUACGACACCCACCACCACCACCACACAAUGUCCGACUCCAGCAACGGCGCGGCACCCGAGACGUGCCCCGUCGACCACAAGGCCCGCGAAGCUUGGCUCCAGCACGCCCGCGCCGCGAACCCGGACGGAGCGCAUCCUCCUCACCCGCCGCAUCCGACCCCCCCAAUCCAAGCGGGAUCACCACAAUCGCCGCACACGCAGUCUUCAUCCUGGACGCAGUCUCUGCUGUCUCUGACGCCCUUCUCCUCCUCCUCAACGCCGCCACCAUCCACGAACGCCCCCGCGACAGCACCUCCCGCCGGCCCCGCCGACGCCGGCGCCGAAGUGUGUCCCGUAGACCACAAAUCUCGCGAAGCAUGGCUCGCCCAAGCCCGAGCCGCCUCCGCCGCAAACGCCUCCUCAAAUCCUCACCCAUCACCACCCUCUGACCUACCCGCCAACCCCCACCAGACCCCUGAAGCCGCGCCAUCAUCACCACAACCCUCGCGAUCAUGGACGCAGUCUCUAAAGUCCUACAUCCCCUUCACCUCCUCGGCAGCACCUACACCAACGGCCACGUCGAACCAACCGCCCGCCGCGGGAACGAAACCGGGCCUAGAUACCGACCGCGAGGUCUCGACGAUCCCCCGGACAGCGACGUCGGCGUACCCGGGCACCAGCCGCCCUUCCAACCACGAGCAGGAGACGGGCGCGGACGAGGCGACGGGCAACUGGAUAUACCCGUCCCAAAAGAUGUUUUUUGACGCAAUGAAGCGCAAGGGCCACGACACCCGCGCAGCGGACAUGGCGACCGUGGUGCCGAUCCACAACGCCGUCAACGAGAGGGCGUGGAAGGAGAUUAAAGAAUGGGAGGCGCCUUACCUCGAGGGCACAGCCUGCGACGGCCCCAAACUCCACUCCUUCCUCGGCCUCAGCACAAACAUGUCGCCCAAGGCGCGCGUCAACACCCUGCUGGGCUACACCCCGCCCUUUGACCGCCACGACUGGGUCGUCGACCGCUGCGGCGUGCAGGUCGAGUACGUGAUUGACUUUUACGCUGGGCGGCCCGACGCCCAUGGCAAGCCCAGCUUCUACCUCGACGUGCGGCCGAAGCUGAAUAGUUGGGAGGGCGUCAAGAUGAGGGCUCUGAGGGGUGUUGGGUUGGCCUGA